UUCUCCCCCUGGCCCUUCCCGGGUGAGUGUGUUCGGUGUUGGGUGCGUGUGUGUGUGUGUGUGUGUGUGCGCGCGCGUGUGUCCGUGUGGCAACUUUUUCUCUCCCCCCCCCCCCCUCGCUUCUCUCCUCCUUCUGUUUCCCCUUCUAUGUGACCAUGGCAGUGCCGGCGGCUUUGAUCCCUCCGACCCAGCUGGUCCCCCCACAACCCCCGAUCUCCACGUCUGCUUCUUCCUCGGGCACCACCACCUCCACCUCCUCUGCGACCUCGUCUCCGGCUCCGUCCAUCGGGCCCCAGGCGCCUUCUGGGCCAACUCUGUUCCGGCCGGAGCCCAUCGCGGCGGCGGCGGCGGCCACAGUCACCUCUCCGGGCGGCGGCGGCGGCGGCGGCGGCGGCGGCGGCGGCAGCGGAGGCGGCGGCGGCGGCAGCGGCGGCAACGGCGGCGGCGGCGGCGGCAACUGCAACCCCAGCCUGGCGGCCGCGAGCAACGGCGGCGGCGGCGCCUCCAGCACCCCCAUCACCGCCAGCACCGGCAACAGCAGCAUCAGCAGCAGCAGUAGCAGCAGCAGCAGCAGCAGCAGCAGUAGCAGCAGCAGCAGUAGCAGCAGCAGCAGCAGCAGCAGCUGCGGCCCCCUCCCCGGAAAGCCCGUGUACUCAACCCCGUCCCCAGUGGAAAACACCCCCCAGAAUAAUGAGUGCAAAAUGGUGGAUCUGAGGGGGGCCAAAGUGGCUUCCUUCACGGUGGAGGGCUGCGAGCUGAUCUGCCUGCCCCAGGCUUUCGACCUGUUCCUGAAGCACUUGGUGGGGGGCUUGCACACGGUCUACACCAAGCUGAAGCGGUUGGAGAUCACGCCGGUGGUGUGCAAUGUGGAACAGGUUCGCAUCCUGAGGGGACUGGGCGCCAUCCAGCCCGGAGUCAACCGCUGCAAACUCAUCUCCAGGAAGGACUUCGAGACCCUCUACAAUGACUGCACCAACGCCAGUUCUAGACCUGGAAGGCCUCCUAAGAGGACUCAAAGUGUCACCUCCCCUGAGAACUCUCACAUCAUGCCACAUUCUGUCCCUGGCCUCAUGUCUCCUGGGAUAAUUCCACCAACAGGUCUGACAGCAGCAGCUGCAGCAGCUGCCGCUGCUACCAACGCAGCCAUCGCGGAAGCAAUGAAGGUGAAAAAAAUCAAAUUAGAAGCUAUGAGCAACUAUCAUGCCAGUAAUAACCAACAUGGAGCUGAUUCUGAAAACGGAGACAUGAAUUCAAGUGUUGGCAACCAUGAUGGUUCUUGGGAUAAGGAAACCCUGCAAUCUCCCCCAUCCCAGGGACCGCAGGCCUCUGUCUCCCACCCCCGCACACCUGGAGUGCGUAGCCUACCAGUUAGCCAGCCUCUCAGCCACCUUCAGCACAGACACCUUCUGCCCAAUGGACUGGAACUUCCUUUUAUGAUGAUGCCCCACCCUCUAAUCCCUGUCAGCCUACCUCCAGCCUCAGUCACCAUGGCAAUGAGCCAGAUGAACCACCUCAGCACCAUUGCUAACAUGGCUGCAGCAGCACAAGUGCAGAGCCCUCCAUCCAGAGUUGAAACAUCUGUAAUUAAGGAGCGUGUUCCUGACAGCCCCUCUCCUGCACCAUCUCUGGAGGAGGGUCGAAGGCCUGGCAGUCACCCCUCAUCACAUCGCAGCAGCAGUGUGUCCAGCUCCCCAGCUAGGACUGAGAGUUCUUCUGACAGAAUCCCUGUACACCAGAAUGGAUUGUCCAUGAACCAGAUGCUCAUGGGUUUAUCACCAAAUGUCCUCCCAGGGCCAAAGGAAGGAGAUUUGGCUGGUCAUGACAUGGGACAUGAUUCAAAACGGAUGCAUAUUGAGAAAGAUGAGACCCCACUUUCUACACCAACCGCAAGAGACAGCCUUGACAAACUUUCUCUAACUGGGCACGGACAACCUCUGCCUCCAGGUUUUCCAUCUCCUUUCCUGUUUCCUGAUGGAUUGUCUUCCAUAGAGACCCUUCUGACUAAUAUCCAGGGGCUAUUGAAAGUGGCCAUAGAUAAUGCCAGAGCUCAGGAAAAACAGGUUCAACUGGAAAAAACGGAGUUGAAGAUGGAUUUUUUAAGGGAACGAGAACUAAGAGAAACACUUGAGAAGCAGCUGGCUAUGGAGCAAAAGAAUAGAGCUAUUGUUCAAAAAAGACUAAAGAAGGAAAAGAAGGCAAAGAGAAAAUUGCAGGAAGCACUUGAAUUUGAGACAAAACGGCGUGAGCAAGCGGAACAGACACUAAAACAGGCAGCGUCCACGGACAGUCUCAGGGUCCUUAAUGACUCUCUGACCCCAGAGAUAGAAGCUGACCGCAGCGGCGGUAGAACAGAUGCAGAAAGGACAAUACAAGAUGGGAGACUGUAUUUGAAGACUACUGUCAUGUACUGAAUCUAUCUGGUUGAAGAAGUCAAGUUCAUAUAAAGAACUUUGCUGUCAGACAUUUGUCAUUGGCAAGUUUGGAAAAACUAAGGUCCUUUUAAGGAAACUUCUUCCAUUUUGUGUAGUAAUGUUCUUUAACAUUUAAGUACUCUACAAAAACCAAACAGUUUCCUCCACUGAUUUCGUCUGUGAUUCAUACCAGAGACCUGCGAAUGUUUGUAAAUGUACAAGUAUCAAACUUCUUAGUUAAUAUCUGCAACUUUGCUGCUGGACACUUGUAUACAGAGUUCAAGGCAGGUGUGACUAAGACCUAGCCUUUUUUUUUAAUGGAAUGAAUCAUUUCUCUCUUCUGAAAAUUCUGUAUUUGAGCACAUUGACAGACUCUUACAGCAGUGGUCACUAGACUUACAGAAUUAUGUCCCACCACACCAUCAAGAAAAUGUGGAAAUGAAGUUGUAAGGGACAUAGAGGAUUAUGAAACAAACAACAAAAAAAGAGUAAUAUUCUGUUACAUUCAGUUUUAAACUCCGAAUUGUGGGUUUUCUUCCGAAUUUUUUUUCAGAUACUUUCAAAAAGACCAACAAAUGGAUGGUAACAACUCAAUGAAUUAUACAUUUUGCUUAUCUGAAAAGAAGCAUUGACUAUAAGCCAAAAGGUUUCACCGAUAGUCUCUUUUACUUAAAAAUUUAAAAAAAUAAAUAUACAUAUAUAUCUAAUUGUAACAUGUUUUCAUUCCAAACUGGUAGUGGUAUAUAGGAUUAAAAAUAAUAAUGUUGCUUCCUACUCAAACUGUUGGUCACAUGUACAGUAUAUAAACAUAAAACACACAAGGAAGGUAUUAUGUAUGCAGUAGGAUACUAGAGUUUAGGAAAAUGACAAUUUUAGAAAAUAUGUUUUUUGUCACCCUGUUGGUCAGAAAGAAGUCUUUCUGGUUUUAACGCAUGCAGGCAUGUAAAUAUUUGUCUGGAGUCACAGUAUUAACGAAUGAGAUCUUAAGCUUCUGGUGACCUGAGAACUCUCAGUCAGCCAUUUCUCUUUGAUAUCAAUCCCUAGUCAGUGCUGCGAACUGCACUGUUGAGAAUGGAUUGUGGCUGACCUGUCAAUCCCAACACCAGAAAUAUUUUUAUAUGUUAAUGUCAUAUUAUGUUAAUGUUGCUACAAAAAAAGAAGAAACAAAACUUAACGAACCUGUGUUGUAUCAGUCGAAUACCAAUGUAACCUUGAGUGAUAAAGUUGAACUGUGUUUUGCCUCCCAUCACCGCAGAGGGAUGGGUGGGUUAUGUGUUAUUUUCACUGUCUUUUUGAAAGUUACAAGUAUGUGUUUUCACUUUUGUGCAGAUAACUGGAAGUAAAGCUGCAAAUGAUGCUUAUUAUACGCUAGUUAAGUUCUUUCUCUCUCGCUCUCUUUUUUAAAUACAACUAGAGUUCCACCUUUAAGGACUGAUAUAAAUCAGUACUGUUACUGUCCCUCAUAUGAUAUCCUGUCAUGGUAAACUUUUAUGAUUCUAACAUUAUUUAUUACCAUAAAACAACAAAAUCUUAAGUGUCUAAGCAAACUAGAUGGAAAUGUUUAAAGAUUGUAUUAAUUGGGUAAUAAUUACUUGGUUAAGAAAAAUGUAACAUUAUAGAUAUUCUGGCACUAAGGUUUUUACACAUUUUAGGUCUUCCUUGACAUGCCAGAACCUUCAUCUUUGAUGUAACAAACUAUUAAACAAUUUAGUCCAUUAUUUGAGAUAUUAUGAACAAUUCCUAUUUUAGCUUGCUUAAAAGGGAGAAAUAUUUUCCUUUAAAUAAUGUUCGUAAAUACUUUGUAGAACCUUGGUUUUCUAAGUAAAGUUUGUUCCAUAAUCAUCUUUCAUUACUGAGCACAAGAGAUUCUAUUCCUAGUUCUGUGCAUUUUGGUUUGUUUGGUUUCCCAUAUGCAGUCUUUAAAGGAUUGUAAGAACACUUAAGGUUGAAUGAACUUGUGGCAAGCUUUGGAAUCGUACACUUUUUGAAACUUUUUUUAAAGAAGCCUACAACUUACAUAUUGUCAUAGAAUCAGCCUUUGUUCUCCUCCUGGCAUACAGUCACCUGUUAUGUGGGGUUAAAUAAUUUUGAAAUUCAUAUUUUCAAGACCUUUGAGAAUGCUUUAGUGUCUGGUUCAACAUAAAAGGAUAUUUCAGCAAAGAUUAAAGAAAAAAAUGCUGUCAUCUGUAUGUUAAGAAAGACUCUUUACUAACCUGUUGUAAAUAUUACAAUUCACAAAAUGUAAUUGUAAGUCUGUAACUUAAUCCCCCCUCCCUUUUUUCUUUUAGUUAAACUAGUUGGUUUAGAAAUUUAUGUUUUUUGGCAUAAAUAAGUAAAAUUGUGCCCAUUUUAUGGUUUCCAUGCUUUUGUAAUCCUACAAAUAUUAAUGUCUAGUUGUUCUAUAUUAUAACCACAUUUGCGCUCUAUGCAAGCCCUUGGAAUAGAACAUACUCAUCUUCAUGUAGGACCUAUGAAAAUUGUCUAUUUUUAUCUAUAUAUUUAAAGUUUUCUAAAAAUGAUAAAAGGUUAUUACGAAUUUUGUUGUACAAAAUCUGUACAAAAUCUGUUUUUACAUCAUAAUGCAAGAAUUGGAAAAUUUUUCUAUGGUAGCCUAGUUAUUUGAGCCUGGUUUCAAUGUGAGAACCACGUUUACUGUUAUUGUAUUUAAUUUUCUUUUUCUUUUCAACAAUCUCCUAAUAAAAAUGUCUGAAAUCUC